UUAAUGGUUUAUCCAUCACAAGGUUAUGAAUGUACAAUACCACUUUAUAGCAGAGCAGACAGUCUGCACCACAACAUGCCUUCACUCCACUGGGACAGAAUAUUGGUUGGAAUUACCUGUUGUGUAGUGACUGUGACCCUUUAGGUGCUGUGUAUUUGGCAGUUUGUCCUCAGGUUUAAAACAGUUACACAGACACUACAGAAUCCAUGGUACCUCCAUGCCCCGGCCUCAAGUGACGUCUGUCAGGACAGAGCCUGCGUGUGCCCAGAGGAGUGCGUGGGAGCUCUUUGUGAGAUAGUUAAUUUCUGUGAAGCCAGUACUUGCACAGUGAACAUUUCUGAAUGCAUUAUAAAAACCUUUACUUUUGAAUGGAUUAUAGUGGGUAAAUAUGGCAACUCCAAAGAAAAAUGCAAACCUGAUAGCGUUACAGGUAACACUUCAAUGUCAAUCUGGAUGUGCUCCAGAAAGAGAACUCCUACUUUAGAACUUCCCAAAAUUCUGAACUGUAAUGAAAACCUGGACUCCCUAGCAUCACAAGUUCUCUUCUUGCUGUCCUACUUAGAUGUUACUCUGCUUUCUGUUGCCUAUUUGAUAGUUUCUAUACUCUAUUGCCUUCUCAAAACUCCAAAGUCACCUGUAACAUGGAUGUUAGUGAGUCUCUAUUUCUCUAUGCUCAUUUUUAACAUCAUCUUCAUCUCUGGAAUUGGAAACCAAAAUGCCAGGAAUCACAGCAGCGAUACCACCAGCUACUGCCAGCAAUACCUUCCUUAUGAUACCGCCAGUAACACCUUGCUCACAUCUGACACGGUAGAUCCUCCUGCAGACUCCUGGUGUACGGCUGUGGCUGUCCAACUGCGCUACUUUUUGUUGGUGACAUUUAUGUGGACAGCACUCAAUUUGGCACAGUUGUACUUACUGCUGCUUAGAGCCAUGAAGCCCCUGCCUGGACUGUUCCUCAUAACCACGUUAGUGAUCGGAUGGGGAAUCCCUGCUGUAGUAGUUGCAAUAACACUUGGACCUACUUACAGAGAAGGAAAAGCUUUAAACUACCAACAGAAAGAAUUUUGCUGGCUUGCAGCACUGGAUCAAAAUCAGAAUUUCAGUGUGCAAAAGCCCAUGUUGUGGUCAUUCCUCUUGCCAGUGGCACUCAUACUCCUGUUUAACAUCAUCAUCUUCAUCAAGAUCAGUGUGUCUGUGACACGGAAGAAGAAUGAGAAUUUGACAAGAGCUCAAAAAGAUUCAUUUAUGAAAAACAUGAUUACCACUGUCUCUAUUGUAGUAGUGCUCGGAAGCACCUGGAUGGUAGGCUACCUCAUGUUAAUAAGUCAGGAAGAGACAAGCCUUGUUUUCAGCUAUCUGUUUUGCCUUUCAUUUACUCUACAGGGACUUCAGAUUUGUAUUCUGUACACUUUCAGAUCACCAACCUUCAAGAAAAAAGUGUCUAAAGUGUUUCCUGUUUUCUGGGUGCCAGAGGUACCACUGUAUCUGCAUUCAAAAACUUACCAUGUUUCAAAAUCACAGCUUGCAAAACAUUCACAGGAAACUUUCAGAUCAACCCAGACUUUUUCAGAGAAUAUUUCCUUGUCUACCUUCCCUAACUGGAGUUAGAAACCUGUAAAUGCAUGAAAUAUAAUCCUGCAUUUUUUUGUGGUUUGUUUUAUGUAGAUCUCACAGGUAUCUUGAAUGAUGGA